CUCCCUGAAAGUAAAAAUUAAAAAACAAGAAUACCAACGCACCCACAUCGAGACCCAGGCUGCGGGUCCCGAGUCCAGCGAUGGAUCCCGUGAAAUUGGUGGUCGGGGUGGGGUUCUGGGUGCAGGGGUUCCGGUGCUUCCCGUGGAUGGCAGUCAACUUCUUCCUAAAAGACGGUCUUGCCCUCGACCCCUCGACCGUCCAGCUCCUUGAUGACCUCCGCCAACAUCGAUCGGCUCCGGAGAAACCGCUCUACCCCGCCCUUCUCUCGAACUGCCACCUCCCCAUUCGACGCCAGCGACGUCUCCCUUACGUCGCCAUCGGAGCACUUUUGCAGGCGAUCUCAUGGAUAUCAAUUGCAAUCCUACCUGAAAUUUCCAUCGCCACCCUUGCAUUCUUCCUCCUCCUUAGCAACCUCGGUGCAUCCAUUACAGAGGUUGCUAAUGAUGCCAUCAUUGCCGAGGCUGGCAAGCAAACCCAGAAUUCCCCCUCCACCUCCGCCUCCCUCCAGUCCUUUAGCUGGAUGUCUGGUUCCUCUGCUGGUAUUAUUGGAAAUCUCCUCGGUGGCAUCGUUAUCAAUCGCCUCUCUCCAUUGACCAUAUUCCUCAUCUUUGGCCUCAUAGCACUACUCCAAUUCUUUUUCAUUGUAUCUUUCAAUGAAAACUCGCUUAACUUCCCCAAAAGGUUGAGCAACUCAUCAAAAUCUUCAAGCAUCAAGAAACAAAUUUCUGAUAUAUCCUUCGCUUUGAAAAAACCUGAAAUUUAUCGUUCUAUUGCUUGGUUCUCAGCAUCAAUUGGCAUGGUUCCGGUGCUUACAGGUACCAUGUUCUUCUACCAGACAGAACACCUGAACCUCGACUCAUCAGUUAUCGGCCUAUCCAAGGUCUUCGGACAAGCAGGUCUAUUGGCAUGGAGCAUCGCAUACAAUAACAAGUUCAAGAAAACCUCAGUGAGGAAGCUAUUGUUCAUACUUCAGGUCACGAUUGCUGUAUUCAUGAUGUCAGAUGUCUUUUUUGUGAAGGGUAUUUAUAAGGAUUUGGGAGUUCCAGAUUCGGUGUAUGUGACAAUUUUCUCGGGGUUAUUGGAGGUUUUAUUCAUCUUCAAGCUGCUUCCUCUCUGUGUCCUCUUGGCUCAGCUGUGUCCAGCUGGAUGUGAGGGGUCUGUGAUGGCAUUUCUUAUGUCAGCUAUGGCUUUGUCGGUUAUUUUGAGUGGGUAUUUGGGGGUUGCUCUUGCUUCUUUAGUUGGUGUUUCUAGUGGAGAUUUUUCAGGGCUUGGUGUUGGAAUUGUGAUACAGGCUGCAUUCACUCUGAUACCACUCUGUUGGAUUUCAUGGAUACCAGAAAUGGAGAAAAGGGUCGAGAAGAAAGAAGAAUGAGGUUGGCUUUGAAGAAUUUAUUCUCUCUAUUUUAUGGGAUGGAAAUUUUUGUUCUAUAUGGCCAAAGUGAGAAACUUCUGAAGGUCAGUUAACAUUCGAUUUCUUACUUGUUCUUCUGCUCAUUAUGGAUUCUGUGUAGGAUAUUGAAGUUUUCAGUCAAGUUUAUCUAUAAAACUAUUCUAUGACAACACUUUGCCUAUAUCAUACUGGUGUAAUAACUAUUGAUCAUGCAAAAGGUGUGCGAUGCCCUUGUAUAUGAGACAUGAAGUUCCAUUCUCAAUUUUAGGCUGAAUUGUAUUGUGAUACCUGAACCAUUCUGUUCCUCAGCACCUCCUUGCAAGCUGUCCUAAGAUUACCCUAUAUUACAGAGGAGAAUAGUUUGUAUAGCACAUUAAUUUUAGGUCAAUAUGUCAAUUCGACCUAAUAGUUGUAAUUGCUGUAUUUUUUGGA